UGAAAGCGUCCCGUCAGUCGCGCGUGAGGGCUUGGUGAGGUGAGGUGAGGGAGUGAGGGAAAGAGAGCGAGCGAACGGCUCUGGGUUUUUUUUUUUCUUUUUCUUUUCCUCCCUGUCAUCCCGAGUGACCCGUAAACCCGGAGAGGGAGCCGAUCCGAGCCUGGUGAGGGACGGUUCCUGUGCGGGUGGUCGGCAUGGCGCUCUCGGUGCCGGUCAACGGCAUGAAGGAGGUGGGCGACGGCAAGGAGCCCCUCAUAGAACUCUUCGUCAAGGCUGGCAGUGAUGGCGAAAGCAUAGGCAACUGCCCCUUCUCUCAGAGGCUCUUCAUGAUACUGUGGCUCAAAGGAGUGGUCUUUAGCGUCACAACAGUUGACUUGAAAAGGAAGCCUGCAGACCUUCAGAACUUGGCUCCAGGGACACACCCGCCUUUCAUCACCUUUAAUAACGAAGUGAAAACUGAUGUGAACAAGAUUGAAGAGUUCCUUGAAGAAGUUCUCUGCCCACCCAAGUAUAUAAAGCUUUCAGCAAAACACCCAGAAUCAAAUACUGCUGGAAUGGACAUUUUUGCUAAAUUUUCAGCGUUUAUCAAGAAUUCCAGACCUGAAGCCAAUGAAGCCUUAGAGAGGGGUCUUUUGAAAACUCUACAGAAGCUGGACGAGUACUUAAUCAGUCCCCUCCCUGAUGAGAUUGACGAGAACAGCAUGGAAGACAUCCCUGCCUCCACGCGCAAAUUCCUGGAUGGGAAUGAGAUGACGCUAGCAGAUUGCAACUUGUUACCCAAGUUGCAUAUCGUCAAAAUUGUGGCCAAAAAGUAUCGCAACUUUGAUAUUCCCAAGUCUCUGACGGGCAUCUGGAGAUACCUGAAGAACGCCUAUAGCCGUGAUGAAUUCACCAACACUUGUCCUGGAGACAAAGAGAUUGAAAUCGCCUACAGCGACGUAGCUAAAAGACUCGCUUAAAAAAAAAAAGCGGCGUUGUUACACAUGUAUAAGCAAAAGCUUUUUUUAACAGACUGCUCUUUUUUUCUUUUUUUUUUUUUUUUUGGUCUUUUAAGAUAGCCAUUUACUUUGCAUGUAUCUUGCAGUUAAUUCAAGUGCUACACUGGGCAGACCAGGCAUUGUCAUUUAUCUUUCUCCCUUUUGUGAAAUGCAAAUUUAUAUUUACACGGCUUAUUUUGUUUUGCCUCCUGUAAAAGGGCAAAUGCAGCCAUUAAGAGGGCAGUAAAACCAUGGUAUAGGGACGCGGUGGCGCAGCUUGUCGAUCGAAAGGUCGGCAGUUCAGCGGUUUGAGUCCCGAGUGCCGCAUAACGGGGUGAGCUCCCGUUACUUGUCCUAGCUUCUGCCAACCUAGUGUGAGGAGGAGGAAGGUGAACGGAAAAUGCACGUUCACCGAAUAUUUUCUCACACAAGUCCAGCGUUUUGUGUUUUGAUUCUGGAUCAGUUGUUUCUCAAACUUGGCAACUUUUUAAGAUGAGUGGACUUCAACUCUCAGCAUUCUGGGAGUUAAAGUCCACCUAUCAUAAAAGUUGCCAACUUUGGAUGAUCUGGAUGAUCAGCUUAGAAUCUGGUGGUCUUUUUUUAGAAGCUAGGUAUCCCUAUAAACAAUCAGACAAAUUCCCAAGCUUAUACCCUGUUUCCCCCAAAAUAAGACAUCCCCUGAUAAUAAGCCCAUUCGGGCUUUUGAGCGCAUGGCAAUAAGGCCAAGUGCUUAUUUCAGGGUUCAAAAAAAUAUAAGACAGGGUCUUAUUUUUGGGGAAACACAAUAAUAGCAAGUGAUUUCUUUUUAGGUCAAUAAGGGACUUGUCAGAAUGCAGAACUCAUUUCUUAAGUAACAGUCAAAGCUAUGCUGGCUAGAAGUACAUAGGAGUGUCCAUAGGACGAGUGCUCAGAAAAAUCAAGGUGGAGGCCACAAACCUGUGAUUCAAACCACAAUGCAUUCUGAUGCAAAUUAGCAAGGGGGUAAGGCUUUGAUUGUUUGGUUGUCAUGUCCAUCUUGACUUCCUUGAGCAACAUCCCUGCAGGUCUCCACAAAAAUACAGUAGCUUAAUGUCUGAGGUGCAUCCUUCUUGCUUUUUGCAAAGGUCAGAAUCUUGCUAAAAUCUACUGUUUUAUUUCUAAUUUUCAGGCAAGCGUUCUUUAAAAAAUCAGUUUAUUUGCCUUACCUAGACAACCUGCGUAGUUCCCUCACUGUAAUUCUUCCUGCGAAGCAAAGCCAAGUGCCUUUUCCAUUCUUUUAUUAAAGUUUUACAUUGGGAUUUAUCUGUCUCCUACCUCUUAAUAAAUGUUAUUAAGCAUCACUAUAAGAUACAAAAUAUAGGAAAAGCAAAAGUUAGAAGAACAGGAGAAAGGAAGAGAAGAGAGUAGCUCCAUAUCUCUUUACCCGAUCGAUUAUUUUUCAUGCCGCAAUCACGAUAUAUCAAAAGGUCAGCUGUGUUUUUUUCCCCACUUAUAACAGCAUCAAGGAACAACGCUGUAAUUCAAUUUCAAAAGACCAAUACAUUUGAUUUCCUUCCAUUUAAAAGGCCAGUGCUUGAGGCACGGAAUGACUUUUCCGUUUAUUUUAAAUUGCUAUGAAUAAUAAGCUCCAAAACGGUCUUGCUUAUGUGGGAUUUAUUUAAAAAAAAACAUUCUUAAUUUUUACAUUGAUCUUUUAUCUUUGAAAUGCAAAUCGUCUUACUGUUUGCAAGGGAGCAUCCUUCAUUUUAAGCUUUUGCUGACCAAUUUGCAGAGUACAAACCCCACUGAAUUUAUUGUGAUUUACCUUUUGAGGAAUUACCUUGUCAAAAGAUCGCAAAAGGGGAUCCCAUGAUCUUGGGACAUAGCAACAGUCCUAAAUAUGAACCAGUUGUCAAGCGUCUGAAUUUUGAGCACACGAUCACGGGGAUGUUCAUAGAUGUAGCCGAUGAGGCCCAAACCUUUGCAAAUUCUCUAUACAAUUCUGUGAGCUUCCAACUCAUGAAAAUAUAGUUUACGCAGAAGUCAAAUCUAGGGGUUUGCAGGAAAGACUAGUGUGCAAGGAAAGAGUGACACCAUCAUUCUUUGAUGCCCACAUUUUUCUUGAAAGUGAACUAGAUAUAUCAAGAGCUGCCAAAUUUCACAAUAUUUUGUUGUUCCUACCUAAAAUUUUAUGGGAUAUUGAGCAAUUCACCUUAAGACUUAUAGGAUUUCGAGCGAGAAGGCCAAUCUUGCAAUAUUUUAGCCAUUUUUAGGGGGCAUUUCCCCCCACUUUAUCUUCACAACAGAAUUGUAUAUAGGACCCUCACCUAAAACUCCUUGAGCUAGCUGGGAACUGUUGUCUUGAACAGGGUUCUCCAACCUUGGCAACUUUAAGACUUGUGGACUUCAACUCCCAGAAUUCCACAGCCAGCAAAGCAAAGCUGGCUAUGGAAUUCUGGGAGUUGAAGUCCACAAGUCUUAAAGUUGCCAAGGUUGGAGACCCCUGGUCUUGAACAUGACAGCAAUAUUUUGCUGGCUGAGAAAAUAUUGCUGAUAUACUCAAACGUCACUAAAGUUGCGGUAAAAACUUUCAACAGGCGUCAGUAACAUGCUUUCCAAGAAAAAUGUUGUUUGUCAGUUCAGCAAAUAGAAUUUUAUGUAACAGGAACAUGUUGAAUUUCCUCACCAAAGUUGUGAAGCCCUUGCAAUAUUUCAUUUUUUUUAUUUAGACAGAAACCAGUAUGUGCUCCAAACACAUCCUUUGAUCUCACUGUUUUCCGUGAGAGCGUAAAUCGGAAUGGAGCAUGGUUUGUUUAUAUGUGUUCUGAUUAUGUGGUAGACAUUGAUAAAAAAUAAACAAGGGGGAAGAAAUAUUGCAAAUGGAAUAUUCACCAAAGGAAUUGAACUGUUGCUGUGCCUUUUUAAAAAUUAAUGGUUUAUGCCUUGAUGCUGCAUGUAUACAGUUAUAUGUGUACUGGGGGCCACGUAAAAGUUAAAAUUAGCUUUGUACACAAAUUCUGCCUUUUUCUUAAAACCUGACUUCGAUUUAUAUAUAUUUUCUGUUCACAGUGCUAAAUCAAAUGUUAAUGCUGAACACUAAUACCUUGUUUCUUUCAACUGUGACUAAAGGAGAAAGAUUUAUCUCUUAUGAAGCCAGUUUCCUAGUUAAAAGCCAAAUUUACUAUCUUCUGACUAUAUCUGAAAAUAUUAUUAUCCAAUAACACUUUAAACUUCAUAGAGUGAGCAAGGUAUUUAUUUGGCUUUUGAGAGAUACCCGGUAAUCCGUAUGACAUAUUGUAAGAUGCUUCUUUUCACUUUUCUGGAAUAUCUUUUAGAGAUAUACUGGCAAACUGCUGGCAGCUAUUGUUUUAAAAAAUAAAAUAUAUUUUUCACUUAACAA